AUGUUUAGCAGUCAGCUACAACGCGAGGUUUCUAAUGGUUCGAGUCACAAAAUCUUAUCGAUUGAGCCAUCAACCCCGUGCCCCGACUCAGCUAUCAAAGACUACUGCAUUAAGCAUGCAGCCAUAUUCAGGGAGCUCACAAAUCUUCGGCGCAGGGGAUGGGAGAAUCCCCAAGGGGAUGAUCAUUUUAAAGUACAGCGUUAUCGAGCAGACAAUGCAGAUAAAUCUGGAAGACGCAUAUUCUACAACAUGAUGUGCCAGAUUGGCGACGAGCUUCACGAGGCGACUUCAGCUCUGCCAUCAACGCCAUCAUUUACCACAAACCCCGCCAUCCUUGAUCUUUGCAUGGCGCCUGGCGGCUUCACAGCCUCUGUCUUCAAAAGAAACUGCUAUGCCAGGAUAUGCGGAAUCAGUCUUCCCGUAUCCCGGGGUGGCCAUGAGAUGAUACUUCCUAACUGGCAAAGUGACCCAAGGAUACGAGUCCGCUUCCUCGAUAUCACGAUGCUGGCGGCCGAGAUGGACGUUACCAAUAUCCCGGCGGAACAUCCUGAUGCUAACAACUUUCUGUUCGACCGUCCUUUUUGUGGCGAAGCUUUUGAUCUUGUCUUCUGCGACGGCCAGGUUCUGCGAACGCAUUCUAGAGCGGAGUAUCGCGAGAAACGGGAGGCAUGGCGGCUACUAACAAGUCAACUUGUACUGGCGCUUCAGCGUGUCAAGCAAAGCGGCAAAAUUGUGAUUCUGCUACAUAAGCUCGAAGCUUGGGAUACAGUCUUGUUACUGUAUACUUUGAGAAAGUUUUCGUCAUUGCAGCUGUUCAAACCGCAAAGAAAGCAUGCAAUCAGAUCCUCAUUCUACGUAGUUGCUGAACAAAUCCAAACGCAGAGCCCAUUGUUUCAAGCGUCUAUAACAACCUGGAAGGAGGAGUGGUACAUAGCAACGUUUGGAAGUGAUACAGAGUGUAGGGAUAACCAGGCCAGAUUCGACGGUAUUGUAGGUCAUGUCUUGUCAGAAUUUGGCACAGACUUGUUAGAGUUGGGACAGCCUAUCUGGGAAGUACAGAGCGCUGCACUGCGAAAAGCUUCAUUUGUCAAGUAG